GCCGCGGUGAGCGGAGAUUUUGUCAGGACUUGCAGCAAAACAACUCCACAGAAAGAAGCACCUUCAGUACAGAGAUGAGUAUCGGAAGAGCUUACAGUGCUGCUAACAUCAGCAGUGGAACAGAUCUAGCUAUUGGCUUUACCUCGUCCGCAGUAGCUGUCCUCCUUUUUGGGACAAACUUUGUUCCUGUCAAGAAAUUUGAUACUGGUGAUGGCAUGUUCUUCCAGUGGAUUCUCUGUGCCUCCAUAUGGAUAGUUUCUGUGGUGGUCAAUUUGAUCCAGAAUUGCCCCCGGUUUUGGCCUCUGGCUAUGGUUGGAGGUUUUAUGUGGGCUACAGGCAAUGUUACAGUUGUCCCUAUUGUUAAAACUAUUGGCUUAGCUCUUGGUCUUUUGAUAUGGGCUUCUUUUAAUUUGCUGACAGGUUGGGCAAGUUCAAGGUUUGGUUGGUUUGGAAUUGACCCGGAAGAGGUAUCAAGACCAAUCUUAAAUUAUAUUGGGGCUGGACUUUCACUUAUAAGUGCUGUUAUAUUUCUUUUUAUAAAAACUGAAGUCCAGAGUUCUUCAGCUUCAUUAGAAAGCACACCUUUACUGAGAGAAAGUGUAAAUACCACUGAGGACUCAUGGGUGAACAAACUUUCUCCAGCAAAAAGGAGACUCAUAGGCUGUGGCCUGGCUAUAGUAGCAGGAAUAUUCUACGGUUCCAGUUUUGUACCAGUACUUUACAUCAAGGACCAUGGAAGAAGAAAUGAAACUGUAUAUACAGGAGCAAGUCAGUUUGAUUUAGAUUAUGUUUUUGCACAUUUCAGUGGAAUAUUUCUUACAAGUACCAUCUACUUUUUGAUCUACUGUGCAGUCAGGAAAAAUAAACCUUAUGUUUAUCCCCAUGCCAUAUUGCCAGGGUUUGUUUCUGGUGUGCUUUGGGCAAUAGCCAAUUGCUGCUGGUUCCUGGCCAAUCACUAUCUCAGUGCUGUAGUCAGCUUUCCAAUAAUUACCGCAGGUCCUGGCCUUGUUGCUGCAAUGUGGGGAGUACUUGUAUUUAAGGAAAUCAAGGGACUGAAAAACUACAUAUUACUGUCAGUAUCUUUUUGCAUCAUUUUGACUGGAUCACUUUCUACAGCUUUUUCUAAAAUUUGAAAGGACCUUCUGGAUCAGUAGAUGGUGCUAGCGUUUAACACAAAUAGAACAACAGUGUUGGUAGAUCGCAAUACAUAAUAAUUUUCAUAAUGGAUGUUCAACAUUUACCCUA